AUGGAAAAAGAAGCUUCUCAGGUAACAAAAAUACAUCCAAGGACGUUUGAGGUCCACGGGCUGCAGUUUAUCCUUCAACGACAACGUUGCUUAGAUCUGCUUCAGAAGUCAAGAUGCAAUUCCACAUUCGUACACGCGUUUUUAUUGUUGAAGGAGGUUAAAUACGUGGUAGCCAUGUUUUCCUUAGUAGUAUUAUUUUUAUGUGCAAUCGCCAAUGUCUUGUCAGGUCCGGCUAUAAGUCUAAAUCAAUGCAAAUCUGGUGAUGAUGCGUGCACUACUGCUGCGGCGAAGGCUGCUUACCCCCUCGUCUUGGAAGCCAAUGAAGAAAUUGGUGCUGAAGACCUAGAUCCCAUGUACCUAUCAGUAAUUGAAGGAAACCUGUCCAUCCUAAAAUUUAAACUGUUCAACACGACCAUCGUCGGAUUCAAAUCAUGCUCGGUGGAUUCGGCUAAAUACAAUGAAGAAGAGUCAUCAGCCCAAGUAGUAAUAUUGUGUCCUAAAUUCACGAUGCAUGGCUCGUAUGACAUCGACGGUCGACUUAUCGUACUCCCAGUAAAAGGAAAUGGAGACUACAGUUUGGAAUCACUGGACUACAAAUUGAAGGUUGACAUGGAGUUAAGGACCAUCACCAAAGAUGGGAAGUCAUACAGAACUGUGAAGACCUACAAAGUUGAGGCUGAAGCACAAUCUGGUGUUUCAUAUGACUUCAGGAAUUUAUUUAAUGGACAAAAAGAUUUAGCCGAUGCUGUUCUUAAGUUCGCCAACGAGAACUGGAAGGAGGUAGCUAAUGAAGUACAAGACCCAGUAUUCAUGACAAGUUUGAAGAGAAUCAUCAAAAACGCCAACAAAUACUUGAAAACUUUGCCCAUUGAUGAAUAUAUGGCGUAGUCAAAUCAUUACCACGGUUCGGUAAAAUAAUGACUAAAGGCUGA